GGAGGGAGUUGGAGUCAAUCCAAUUGUGUCUCACUAAACAAUUCACAGAUCGCAGUCUGAAUCCCCUCCAAGUUCUAGACCUUUCUUCUCUUUAGCCAUGGCUUCCGAUCCCGAAAAGAAAGCCAAAGAGGCUUUCAUCGACGAUCACUUCGAGCUCGCCGCCGAGCUCUACUCCCAAGCUAUCUCUCUCAACCCUAACAACGCCGAGCUCUAUGCCGACCGUGCUCAGGCCAACAUCAAACUCAACAAUUCUACCGAGGCUGUUGCGGAUGCGAACAAGGCAAUUGAAUUGGAACCAUCAAUGGCAAAAGCAUACUUGCGUAAAGGCACUGCCUGCAUCAAGCUUGAGGAAUAUCAGACUGCUAAGGCAGCCUUGGAAACAGGUGCUUCUUUGGCACCAGGAGAUGCAAGAUUCACUAGUCUGAUAAAAGAAUGUAAUGAUCGUAUUGCAGAGGAAACUAAUGAUCAAUCAAAGCCUUCAUUAGAAGUCACAAGAAAUGUACCUAUAGAAGACCCUGAACCUGUUCAGACUGUGAGUGAUACUUCCAGUCAGGUUGCAGAAACUUCUGUCAAACCAAAAUACAGGCAUGAACACUACCAGAAGCCUGAAGAAGUGGUUGUAACUAUAUUUGCUAAAGGCAUACCAGCUGAAAAUGUUUCUGUUGACUUUGGUGAACAAAUACUAAAUGUAAGCAUUUCUGUUCCUGGUGAAGAUACGUAUCAUUUUCAGACUCGCUUAUUUGGGAAGAUAAUACCUGCUAAGUGCAGGUAUGAUGUUUUGUCUACCAAAGUUGAAAUUCGCCUUGCAAAAGCUGAACCAAUACAGUGGACAUCUCUUGAAUUCAGCAAGAAAAAUGCUGUUCCUCAAAGGGUUACUGCUUUAGUUAGUGGAACUCAAAGGCCAAGUUACCCAUCUUCAAAACCAACAAAGGAUUGGGACAAGCUUGAAGCCCAAGUGAAGAAGGAGGAGAAAGAAGAGAAACUAGAUGGAGAUGCAGCUUUGAACAAAUUUUUCCGGGAGAUAUAUCAGGAUGCUGACGAAGAUACAAGAAGAGCUAUGAAAAAAUCUUUUGUGGAGUCAAAUGGGACGGUGCUUUCUACCAAUUGGAAAGAAGUAGGCUCAAAGAAGGUGGAAGGAAGUCCUCCUGAUGGCAUGGAGUUGAAGAAAUGGGAGUAUUAGAGUUUUUAAUGCAUUUUGAACUACUGUACUCUUGAAAAUUGGGUGUUCUGUUACAUUGGAAAUUUGCUCAAUCUAGAGUCGAAAAGUUUUUGUGGCAGCAUGGUUGUGAUUGAAUGUCUUUUUGUUCUAUUGUUAAAAUCAGGGACAACCUCUAUUUUUUUUU